AGGAAUCCACCCAUGAAAACCUCAACUCACGGUCACGGCAGAGACGACCGGAGCUACCUCCGUGUCGCCGACGCGCCCUAUAUAAGAGAAAUCCCUCCUCCUCCUCCCUUCUCAAAACCCUAUUUUUCAAAGAGCACAGAGAAGAAGAUAGCAGAAGAGCCGAUCGAGCUCGGAGGGGGAGACCGGACUGUAUGACGACGCUUCGAUCGUGCAUUGAACGCUGCUUCGGAGAUAUCGUUUACGGCGACGAGCUUUUCUGGCACCAAGACCUAAAGCCCCACACCUCCGGCGAGUUCUCCAUUGCCGUUGUUCAGGCUAAUUCAACAUUAGAGGACCAGGGUCAGGUGGCCGCGACCCCAUUCGGGACUUUCAUCGGCGUCUAUGAUGGCCAUGGCGGACCCGAAGCUGCUCGAUUCGUCAACAACCAGCUUUUCCCUAACUUCUGCAAAUCUGCUAUGGAGCAGAAGGGGGUUUCGGCUGACGUGAUGAGGAAGGCGAUUGUUGCGACCGAGGAGGAGUUCUUACGAUCGGUGGAGCGUUCGUUUCCUUACAGGCCGCAGAUUGCUUCGGUUGGAACUUGUUGCCUGGUUGGGGCCGUAACGGAGGAUAUGCUGUAUGUGGCGAAUUUGGGGGAUUCCCGAGCGGUGCUCGGCCGCUGCGCGAACCCUAGUGGAAAGGAUGUGGUGGCGGAGCGAUUGACAUGCGAUCACAAUGUGUCGGAUGUGGAGAUUAGGAAGGAGCUAAAACAGAUGCACCCGGAUGAUUCUGAUAUAGUUGUUCAUACCAGAGGAGUAUGGCGGAUUAAGGGGAUUAUUCAGGUGAGGUUUUUUGGAUCUUCUAUCUU